AUGGAUGAAACGGAAAAUGGCAAUAUGCAUAAUGUGCGACAAGAAAGUCCCUGUUCGAAUGAAGUCGAAGGUCUACAGGACGGUUGUGGACCCUGUUGCCCUUUACGGAUGCGAGUGAUGACGAGCGCGCCGACGACGAAAGCCUUAGAAAGAGUGUUGGGCGGUAUGGAGAUGCAGAUGUUGAGAUGGACGAUAGGUGUAACGCCGAAAGACAAAGUAUCCAACCACACUGUACGCUCCAUCUUCGGCGUCGUCGGCGUCGUCCCGAUAGGUGAAAAGAUGAAAGAGGGGCAACUUAGAUGGUUUGGUCACGUCUUGUGGCGAGAGGAAAAUCCUGUUGCCAAAACCGCGCUGAAGCCCGACGUUUGA